GCAUUUUGGCGCUCAAAGUAUCACAUUACGUCUCUCUCUCUCUCUCUUCUUAGCAUGGAUAAGUUACGGCUCUUUCCUCGACACUGAGGUCUUCAGGCUAACAUCAUUUCAGCUAACGUUAUGUCCUGGCAAUUGCUGAGGGAAUUGCAAAGGCAAUUAGAAGCAAAUCAUUUUGAAUUGGAAAGUGACAACAGGCUGACUGCUCCUCGAAAAAGACGGAGAGUGGGUCUGGAAUCUAGUGAUUCAGAGAGCUCAAGUCCAGAGACAGAUGACUCAGUUUCCAGAUCUGAUGGGAGCUCAGACACAAACACAGACAGUUACACAGAGGAAGAGAACUUUGGUCUUAUAGAGGAGAAACCUAUUCUAGCUAAACAAAAAGUUUCCAAGAACACCAUCACCAAAAAGCAGACAGCUAGAGCUUCCAACACAACAAAUAAAAUGGAGAAGAAUGAAAAAGGUGCAUCUGUGGAAAUUCCUGCUAAAAAACCAAUAGCUCAACCUAGGAAAAGAAAGAUUAGCAAGGAGAAUACAGGGAAAGGUGCAGAUGCAUCUGGAUUUUAA